UGUGUCUCUUGUGAAGGCAUCGGCGGUGACGGAGUCCGGAGGAAACAUGUGUUUUACAUUUCUGCCUGCUUGUUUUGGUGCAAUGAGUUCCUCCACGAGACACAUUGAUUCGGGCGGCGAUUGCCAUACAGUCAUGCACCGGGAAUGCUGUUGCCUUGGGUGGGUAUGCAAAGUGAGCACAAACGGCAGAGACCUCCAGGCGGGGUUUCGUGCGCCCCGAAAACUUCAGGAGGGGCGUCGUGGGCGACCUCCCCGACCCGCCCAUGGGGACACGGCCUCUCUGAGGGGUGGAGUGAGUUCCCACCCAAGCAUCAGCCAAAGCGUCGGACCCUCGGAUGGCCUGGAGGGGGUCGGGGAGGAAAUAGCGGGCCGGAGAAGGGUGAAUGGAGACGUUACCCCGCAGAGGAAUAGCUGGCGAGAUCGAGCGAUGAUCAAGUUAAACUUCUGUUUCUUCUUCUGCCGGGGAUGGUGGGCGUUUCUCUUGCUUCAGCUCCACAUGUUGCAAGCUCUGGCACAAGAUGAUGUUGCACCGUAUUUCAAGACAGAACCGGGUUUGCCUCAGGUUCAUCUGGAAGGGAACCGUCUGGUGCUCACGUGCUUGGCAGAAGGAAGCUGGCCUUUGGAAUUUAAGUGGCUGCAUAAUGACAUGGAAACCACUGCCUUCUCCAGUGAAUACAAAUAUGUUAUCCCAUCCUUGCAAAGAUCUGAUGCUGGUUUUUAUCAGUGUGUUGUGAGGAACAGAAUGGGUGCACUCUUGCAAAGAAAAUCAGAAGUCCAAGUGGCAUACAUGGGGGAUUUCCAAGAUGUGGACCAAAGGAAAACUGUAUCUCAAGGGCAAGCCACCGUUCUAAACUUCCCAGAUAUCACAAGCUACCCCAGACCACAAGUGACUUGGUUUAGAGAUGGGCACAAGAUUAUACCAAGCAGCAGAAUAACCAUCACGCUAGAAAAUCAAUUGGUCAUCCUUGCAACAUCAGCAGCAGAUGCCGGGUGUUACUAUGUCCAGGCAGUCAAUGAAAAAAAUGGAGAGAACAAGACGAGCCCAUUUAUUUACCUGAGUGUGACAAAUGCCGACCCCUCAUCUGCUGCUGUGGCUCCUGUCACCGUAAUUCCUCCACAUAAUACAAGUGUAGUAGCCGGGAGUAAUGAAGCCAUCCUGGAAUGUGUGGCCAAUGGAAGGCCCACUGAGAAAUUAAGCGUAGCCUGGAAGAGGAACGGGAUCAAAAUAACCGGUGGAGUUAGCAGUUUUGGGAGGCGUCUCGCCAUUGCCAACCCAACCUCUGCUGACGUUGGGAUGUACGUCUGUGAGGCGCAGUUGAGAGACAGCCCUGUUGAGCCUGAGAGAGCGAAAGCUUUCCUGUCUAUCCUGGAGCCACCGUAUUUUACCGCUGAACCAGAAAGCCGAAUUUUGGCUGAAGUGGAGAAGACAGUGCAUCUCCCAUGUCAGGCAAUGGGUGUCCCACUUCCUACUCUGGUAUGGUACAAAGAUGCUGUCCCUAUCCACAAACUGCCGAAUCCUCGUUACAAAGUUCUGCUCAACGGGAGUCUUCAAAUUCAGGGACUGCAGCCUGGGGAUUCUGGCAUCUUUCAGUGUUUUGCAAGGAACGAGGCUGGGGAGACACAGACCCACACCUUCCUGGAUGUUACUAAUAUUGCACCCACAUUUACCCGGCCACCAGCCGAUACCACAGUUACCGAAGGGAUGACGGCGGUUUUAAGAUGCGAUGUUUCUGGAGCACCAAAACCUGCCAUUGCAUGGAAAAGGGGGAACCAGAUUUUGGCCAGUGGCUCCGUUCAGAUCCCCAGGUUCCUUCUCCUUGAGUCCGGAGGGCUCCAGAUAGCACCUGCUUUCCUUCAAGAUGCUGGCAACUACACCUGCUGGGCCGUCAACUCUGAAGGAAUCCUCAAUGCUUCUGCUGCUCUCACCGUGUGGAAUCGUACUUUCAUCGUCCGCCCUCCUGAGGACAGCACUGUUAUUAAGGGAACGACAGCGAUGCUGCAGUGUGGAGCCGCUCAUGACCCGAGAAUUUCAAUCAGGUAUGUUUGGAAGAAGGACAACGUUGUCAUAAAUCCAUCUAGCAGCUCCCGAAUCACCAUCGAGAAAGAUGGCACCCUUGUCAUCAGCCAGACGUGGUCCGGUGACAUUGGAGACUACACGUGUGAAGUCACUUCCUUUGGGGGAAACGACUCCAGGGUGGCUCGGAUGGAAGUGAUAGAGCUCCCUCACCCCCCGCAGAACCUUCUGGCCACCUUGAACUCUUCCUUCAGCCGCAGCGUGAUCCUCUCCUGGGUGCGUCCCUUUGACGGAAACAGUCCUGUCCUUUACUACAUUGUCGAGCUGUCCGAGAACAAUUCUCCCUGGAAAGUGCAUCUCUCUGACAUUGAUCCAAAGAUGACCACCAUCACUGUGAGUGGAUUAACACCAGCCCGUACCUACCAAUUUAGAGUGUGCGCAGUUAACCAAGUGGGCAGGGGCCAGUACAGCAUAGAAACCAGCAGGUUGAUGUUACCUGAAGAACCACCAAGUGCUCCACCCAAAAAUAUUGUGGCGAGCGGGCGGACCAACCAGUCGAUUAUGGUUCAGUGGCAGCCCCCUCCUGAAAGUGAACACAAUGGUGUUCUGCAUGGGUAUAUCCUUCGGUAUCGCCUGGCAGGCCUUCCCGGAGAGUACCAAUACAAGAACAUCACCAGCGCGGAGAUAAACUACUGCUUGGUCAAAGACCUGAUCAUCUGGACACAGUAUGAAAUCCAGGUGGCCUCUUACAACGGAGCCGGUCUGGGAGCCUUCAGCAGGGCAGUCACAGAAUAUACUUUGCAAGGAGUGCCUACCGCACCACCGCAGAACGUCCAAGCGGAAGCAGUGAACUCGACCACCAUCCAGUUCCUGUGGAACCCACCUCCGCAGCAAUUCAUCAACGGCAUCAAUCAGGGAUACAAGCUCCUGGCCUGGCCAACUGAUGCACCAGAAACCAUGACCACCGUCACCAUUACUCCAGAUUUUCAUGGAGUUCACAGUGGCUACAUAACCAACCUGAAGAAGUUUACAACGUACUACACCUCAAUCCUUUGCUUCACCACCCCAGGGGAUGGACCGCGGAGCCCACCACAGCUACUCCAGACUCACGAAGACAAGCCAGGAGCAGUGGGACAUCUGAGCUUCACGGAGAUUCUGGACACGUCGCUCAAGGUCAGCUGGCAAGAACCUGCAGAGAAAAAUGGCAUCAUUACAGGCUACCAGAUCUCCUGGGAGGUGUACAGCAGGAAUGAAUCCCGUCUUGCUCGCACUCUUGCUAACACAACCCUCGAGUACAAAAUUACGGGCUUGUCGUCUCUCACCACCUACACGAUCGAGGUAGCAGCCAUGACUGCAAAGGGGACCGGCUCGGUCACUUCGUCUACGAUUUCAUCGGGAGUUCCCCCAGAGCUUCCUGGUGCACCAUCCAAUUUAGUCAUCUCAAACAUCAGCCCUCGCUCUGCCACCCUUCAGUUCCGACCUGGAUAUGAUGGGAAAACAUCAAUCUCCAACUGGAUAGUAGAGGGUCAGGUUGGCGUUAUCGGAGAGGAAGAGGAGUGGGCAGCUCUGUGCGAGGUGGAGAAAGAAUCGGAUGCCCAGAUGCUGGAGAUCCCAAACCUCACACCUUAUACUCAUUACAGGUUCCGGAUGAGACAGGUGAACGUUGUCGGGCAAAGCCCACUCAGCCAACCAUCUCGCGUCAUCCAAACGCUCCAGGCCCCGCCAGACAUUGCGCCGGGGAGCGUGACCGUGCGCACCGCCAGUGAGACUAGCUUGUGGGUCCGUUGGGUGCCUCUACCUGACACUCAGUAUAACGGGAACCCUGAGUCGGUAGGUUACAGGAUCAAAUACUGGUGUUUGGACAUGCAGUCCCCUGUCCUGACCAAGGUCAUCAGCGACCGGCUGGAGAGGGAACACACCCUGGAGGAUCUACAGGAGUGGACAGAAUACGAGCUGCAAAUCCAAGCCUUCAAUGCGAUCGGGGCAGGACCGUGGAGUGACGUGGUGCGAGGUCGCACACGGGAAUCGGUUCCCUCGGCUCCCCCAGAGAACGUGUCCGCUGAAGCCGUGAGCUCCACCCAGAUCCUCUUGACCUGGGCAGCUGUGCCCGAAUCCGAGCAGAAUGGGCUCAUUCUUGGCUACAAGAUUUUGUUCAGGGCCAAAGACGUGGAAAGCAAAUUAAGCAGCCAGCUAGUGAGAGGGAACCACACACUCUCCGUCCUUCUAGCUGGCUUACGGAAAUACGUGCUUUAUGAGAUUCAGGUGUUGGCAUUCACACGUAUUGGAGAUGGGGCCCCCAGCUCUCUCCCUGUCCUCGAGAGGACAAAAGAUGAUGCCCCAGGCCCGCCAGUGCGGCUCGUGUUUCCUGAGGUGAGGCUGACAUCGGUGCGUAUUGUGUGGCAGCCACCUGAAGAGCCCAAUGGAAUUAUCCUCGGGUACCAAAUUGCAUACCGCUUGGCAACCAGCAGCCCGAACAAGUUCACCACCGUGGAAGUUGGCUCCACAGUCCGGCAGUUUGUGGCUACAGAUCUCCUGCCCGAAUCGGCGUACAUCUUCCGAGCCUCUGCCAAGACCCGGCAGGGCUGGGGGGAACCCUUGGAAGCCACAGUCAUCACAACGGAAAAAAGAGAACGACCGGCUCCCCCCAGGGAAUUGAGAAUCCCCCAGUCUGAAGUGACGUCCCGGAGUUUACAACUGCACUGGGUUCCUGGAAGCGACGGGUCUUCUCCAAUACGCUACUUCACAGUGCAAACGAAGGAGCUGCCCGGGGGUGACUGGCAAACGUAUUCUUCCUCCGUCAGUCACGAAGCCACCUCCUGUACAAUUGACAGGCUGAACCCGUUUACGUCUUACAAGCUGCGUCUGAAAGCAACCAACGAUAUCGGAGACAGCAACUUUGGCACUGAGACGGAAGCGGUCACCACGCUACAGGACGUUCCCGGCGAACCGCCGAAUUCUGUGUCUGCGACCCCGCACACGACGUCCUCUGUACUUGUGCAGUGGAAGCCUCCAAAAGUUGAGAGCUUGAACGGCCUCCUCUUGGGAUAUCGCAUUUAUUACCGUGAGCUGGAGUAUGAAAGCACAGGGCCGGGGCCGGAGUCGAAAGUCAUCAAACCCCCAUCGGCUUUACGAGCGGAACUUACACCCCAAAGCAGCUUCAAGACAGUGAACAGCAGCUCUGUAUUAACGACGUAUGAAUUAACACAGCUGAAGAAGUACAAGAGGUAUGAAGUUGUAAUGACAGCCUAUAACAUCGUUGGAGAGAGCCCUGCCAGCGCUCCCGUGGAGGUCUUUGUUGGUGAAGCGGCGCCAGCAAUGCCCCCCCAGAACAUCCAGGUCAACGCGCUCUCCGCAAGCCAGCUGGAAGUCACCUGGGACCCUCCUCCUGUGGACAGCCAGAACGGGAACAUACAAGGCUACAAGGUUUAUUACUGGGAGGAGGACAGCCAGAACGAUACGGAGAAAGUGAAGGUCCUUUUCCUCCCAGAGACAAGCGUCCGGCUGAAGAAUCUGACCAGUUACUCCAAACACCUGGUCUGUAUCUCUGCAUUCAACGCAGCAGGGGAUGGGCCAAGGAGCAGCCCUGGGCAGGGCAGGACGCAGCAGGCAGCUCCCAGUGCGCCCAGCUCCUUGGCUUUCUCCGAAAUCACUUGCUCUGCGCUCAACGUGUCCUGGGGGGAGCCGGCUGCAGCCAACGGGAUUCUGCAGGGCUAUCGGGUGAUUUAUGAGCCUUUGGCCCCAGUAAAAGGGGUGAGCAAAGUGGUGACCGUGGACAUCAAGGGGAAUUGGCAGCGCUGGCUAAAAGUCAGAGACCUCACCAAGGGAAUGACUUACUUGUUCCGAGUGCAGGCCAAGACUAUCACCUAUGGACCGGAACUGCAAGCCAACGUCACAGCUGGGCCAGCGGAGGGGUCGCCUGGUUCCCCGCAGCAUGUUCUGGUUUCCAAAACAACCUCCGGACUGACUUUGUACUGGACCGAGGGAGUUUCAGGAGGCAAACCCACCACUGGCUACAUCAUAGAAACCAGACCUUCAGAUGAAGGACUGUGGGACCUGUUUGUGAAGGACAUCCCCCGGAGUGCCACUUCCUACACAGUCAGCCUGGACAAGCUGAAACAAGGGGUGAGCUAUGAGUUCCGGGUGGUAGCAGUGAACGACUUUGGAUACGGAGAACCCAGCUCUACCUCUGUCGCAGUAUCAGCUCACACAGAAUCUCCUUUCUACGAGGAGUGGUGGUUCUUGCUUGUGAUGGCUCUCUGCAGCCUCAUUGUUAUCCUGCUGGUGGUAUUUGCACUGAUUUUGCACAGCCAGACCAAGAAAUACCGUAACUGCAGCACAGAGCCAGGGCAGGGCCUUUGCCUGUGCUCAUUCUGUCGCCGUUUGUCCCCAGGAAAAAACAUUUCCAACGUGGAGGACUCUGUCACUCUGGAUAACGGGGGGUUCACGGCUCUGGAGCUCAACAGCCGGCACCUCAACGUCAAAAACACUUUCUCAAAGAAGAACGGGACAAGAUCUCCUCCUCGCCCAAGCCCCGGAGGGCUGCACUAUUCAGACGAGGACAUUUGUAACAAGUACAACGGCGCGGUGCUGACAGAAAGCGUCGCCCUCAACGAGAAACCCUUGGAUGCUUCAGAAUCGGAAGUGACAGAUUCAGACUACGAGGACGAAUUGCCCAAGCACUCUUUCGUCAACCAUUACAUGAGCGACCCCACGUACUACAACUCAUGGAAGCGGCAGCAAAAGGGCGCAAAGCAUCCGACACCAUACAGGUAUGAGGAAUGCGUGGCCAACGAGGCAGAGCCUUACUUCCAGACUGUCAUCACGACACAGAGCUCAGGAGGGGUGUACACCCCAACAGGACAGCCUGCUCCAGGCUCACGGACUCCAGUGACAGGUUUCUCUUCCUUCGUCUGACACCGGGAGAAAGACGAAACCGCCUAAGCUCAGCAGCCUGCCGCAUUUGGAAAAGCAACCGCUACCACCACUACCACCCAACCAGAGGACUGUUUGCGUGAUAGGUGCAGUGAACUGUGGGUAAAAUUCUCUUAUCAGGGUAGAAUGGAUGUAAAUGUGAAUGUCUAUAUAUAUUUUUUUUCAAGACAAUCAACUCUUUAAGAUACGGAGCUGACCUAGUUGAACUUGCUUUGAUUUUUUUUUUCUAAAAAAAACACAAAAAACCACAAAAUGAUCAAAAAUUGACAAUUUUAACCACUUUGGAAUAUGAUUUAAGGGGAUUUUUUAAAUAAUAAAAAAAUGCUUUUGUAACGCUGCUUUCAGAAGCAGCCUUCUAUGGGUUUCUUUCCCUUUCCUUUCUCAAGCCAAGGAGAUGAAUUCCAUUCUUGUGGAUUAGGUAGCACUGUUGUGAUGUAAUUGAAGGUGAAACCCUGUAGCCUCCCAAGCACUCUCCCUUUCCUCUAUCAACCAGGUUAAUUAGGAAAACACAAAAGAAGGGGAAGAGACUUUAAGAAUGGCUCUCUCCCAGCAAUUCUCUCUCUUCCUCUCUCUGUCCUUGCUGCUUCUGCCUUCCAAAGCACCCAGCUGAAUCACUUUGUCUCAAUAUCAUGUCUCCUCCGGUGCCUGCAAGGUUCACUCCUGGUGGUUUUUGAUCAACUAUCUCUUGUCUUCAUUUCUAUUCUGUUCCAACUGAGCUUGUUGUGUUCCUAAAAAAUAUUCCCCUCUCCAGGGUUCCUGUAAGUCAGCGUAAAAGCGCAGAGGGUAGCAUUAGGUGAAACAGCAGAGGAAAAAUGAUGAUGAGGUAUCAGUUUUGCGCUUAAUGUAGGUCUGAUUCUUCCUUUGUAGACUGCAUGUGCCAAUGUCCCUUGUAAAUCUCAAAGAAAAAGAAAAACCAGCAAGAAGACGGUUCCUUUAAAUGAAUGUGUUUAUGAAGUGGUGCGGAGAACACGCUAGAGGAAUGAUACUUUUGUGGCUUUCCAAGGUGUCCUUCCAAGUAAAAGAAACCAAACCCCUCCCCACCCAGUUGGGUGCUGUCCUGCAGCUCUGUUUAAAAAGAAAAAACUACAUGUUAACACCAGAUUUGUUUGAUUUUUUUUAAAAAUGUAUAUUUUUAAUGAUUUUUUUUUUAAAAUACAAAGACACGUCAUACUCUGCCGGGUGAUGUUUUUUGGUGUCCGCAGGUGCCUUUUCGCAAUUAUCCGGCUGCAUGCGCGAGAGGCAGCAGCCCAAAGUCUCUGAAUGAAGCUCAAGCGGUUUUCAAAACCACAGGGUUACAAAUUGCCUCGCGUCCGUUUUCCCAAGCCGUCUGCCUGAGCUGCCGCUCAC